AUGUCUCAAUCGACCCCGUCACCAUCGGCUGCCGCCAUGGACGAUGCCUCCGGAGGCAGCAGAGCAUUUGUCAUUAUUGUCACUAUCGGUAGCAUCACGACGAUAUCUCUACGCUUCUGGUCCCGUAGCAUUCAGAGGGCCCCGGAUGGGCUUGGCGGUUCCCAUGUCUCCCGUUUCUGGUGGGAUGACUGGGCUGCAUUAGCUGCCAUGCCCUUUAUUCUCGGCCUAUGCGGCAUAAUAUUUGCCAUGCUGUACCACGGGCUCGGCCGCCAUAUUCAAUUUGUGCCGCCAGACAAGGUUGCCAUUUUUCUGAGACUCCUUUAUGCCCUGUACUACAUGUACAACUUUGGCUUGUUCUUCACCAAGUGCUCAGCACUACUCUUUCUCUCCCGAAUCUUUUCCUGGCACGCGAAUACAAGGUGCUUCAACUACGCCAUUGCCACCACUCACCUCCUCAACGCCGCCUGGCUAUUGGGCGUGACCUUUGGUACCGUCUUCAUGUGCAACCCGGUCGAGAAGGGAUGGAGCCAGCCGCUGAGCUGCGGCCCGACGAGCGCUCUGUGGAUUAGCAGUGCUGUUCCCAGCGCGUGCAUCGACUUUAUCAUCUUGGUCUUGCCGUUGCCGAAAAUCUGGGCCCUGAAAAUGACCCGGGCGCGCAAGGUAGGCGUGACCGGUAUAUUCGUCCUCGGAUACUGGUGA